AUGGCCGCUGACGUCACCAGAGCUGACAUCAUGGCCGCUGACGUUACUAGAACCAACGUCACAAGCCCCGACGUCACGAGAUCCAACGCCAGCGGAUACGACACCGGUGACGUCAGUCCGCCCAACGCCGGCGGUGCCAGAGACGGCGGUGGUGGUGACGUCAGAGUCGCAGACUCCUACCUGGCGGUGCCGGUCUCAGCCUGGGGGGUGCGGUACUUCCUGGUCACGCUUCAGUCAAGGCCGGCCGUACACCUGGUGACGGCAGACGACAGCACGGGGAUCCAGGUGGUGCUGAGGAGUUCCGAACCCGCGCUCUUUGCGUUAAAGUACCUGGCCAAGACGUACAGGAACGGGGACACUCUACAUAUAAGGCUAGGCAGGUGGCAGGUGCUGCCUUUGUUCGAUUGCUGGAACAACACAUAUGCUGGUGACGUCACCGGUACCAUCAUCACCUCGACCAUGCCGGUUGGUGUGACGUCAGGCAGGUGUGUCACGUGCGAGGGGGAUGCCGGGAUCGUUUUCACAACACAGGAGAUGCUGCUGCCCGCCGCCACCUACGGCUGGAACUUUGUCCUGGUCACUGACCUCGAUCAGAUGGACACGACCCUGGUGACGGUAGUGACGUCAGAGAACUUGACGCUGAUAGGACUGUGGCUGGAGGAUUCGAAUGACGUCAGCACCUGGAUAACUAACACGGGGGAUAUGCUUCAGGUCAACUUGACCUCCAGGCCACGCCUACUCUCCAGCACCAAGCCAGUCCUCGUGACCGUGGCACUGCAGGUCAGAUGUCAAGGGUCAUCCGUCGCCAUGGGAACGCCGACUUUAAUCCUCCCCACGUCCUUGUUUUACAACACGUAUCUGUGGAGGCCGUUGACCAACUGCAGCGUACAGGUGAGAUGCCACGUCACGUUUGUUGUCGAAAGGGAGGUCGCGGCAACCCUAGUCCUGGACCACGUGCACGUGACCUCAGGGUGGGUAGAGUGGACGGUGGGUACGUUGACGUCAUAA